AUGCCAGACCUCAUUUCCCACGACGUUUCCUUUCCGAGACGAGAUAAAAUAGCCACAAGUCAGUGCCGCACAUCUUCAGCCUCGAACCAGCCCAAUACGUGCUAUCUCAAUCAGCAACAAGGCUUCUGUGGCCAAAGCAAAGAGAUGCCUCCAGCAGUUCUGGUGGUGGGAGCUAACCGUGGCCUGGGUCUCCAAUUCGUGUUGCAAUACCUCGAAAAAGGCUUCGAUGUCUAUGGAACAUAUCGUCAGGAGUCGGCUGAUGAAGCCAAAGAGCUGCUCGAAUCAGGCGCUACAGCAAUACCGCUCGACCUUGCAGACGAGAAUUCUAUCUUGGACGCUGCCACAUCCUUUGGAGACCAGGCUCUAGAUAUUCUAAUCAACUGUGCUGGGGCUGGAAACGGCAGCCCACAAGCUUUCGACACUACAGUUGAUGAGUUCAUGCACAAAUUUCGCAUCAGUGCGGUUGGCCCAUUCCUGACAACGCGGACCUUCCAUACGCAAUUAAUGAAAAGCAAAUCACCGUUUGUUAUCAACAUCUCCUCCGGCGCAGGAUCUAUUAGCGGGAACGAAACGGGAAAGAAUAUUAGUUAUCGAACUUCCAAGACUGCACUCAACAUGAUCACAGUAGACCUUGCCCGGGAGCUGGCCUCUGAUAAUAUCGCCUGCAUAGCAAUGAGUCCCGGCUGGGUCAAGACAAAGAUGUCAAAUUGGACUGGACCUCUGGAAACGCCAGAGGCUGUGGCCCGAAUGAUUGCAGUGAUUGAUGGACUGAAAUUUACUGAUUCUGGUACGUUUUGGCACAGAGACGGCCACCAAUGUGGUUGGUAG